UUGAAUCUUGAGGAUUUUCCGAUCCAUGUUAUCUGCACAUUGGUGAAGUCAUUUUUUCGCGAACUUCCGGAGCCCCUGAUAACGUACGAACUGUACGAAAAUUUUUUGAACGCAUCAGAAGUGGAGGAACCUUACGAGAGAAUUCGGUGUUUGAGUGUUAUGGUUGAACUUCUUCCAAAAUGUAAUCGAUGCGUUCUGGACAGGCUGAUGUAUCAUCUAGCUAGAGUUGCUUUUGAGGAACCUGUCAAUAAAAUGAGCCCUAAUAAUUUGGCUUUAAUUUUUGCUCCGUGCAUACUUCGAAGCAAUCAGUCGGUGCAUGCUCAGGAACAAUUGCGCGAUGUAAAUCGGCAGGCAAUAUGUGUUCAAGCGCUUAUUGAAGAAAAACUUAAGCAGUACAAAUCUACGUUAACACAGAUUGUUACUCUGGAAGGAGUUGGAGCAAAGAUUAGUGAGAACUUACGCCGCAUUGAAGAACAUAAAAAAGAUUCGAUGGACCUUGGAGAAUCUUCAGCGACUGCGAAUAUGGAGACUGCAAGACAACUAUUCAUUGAGCAACUCGACUUUCUCGAUACAGAAAAGGAUAAACUAAUUCAAGAUCUUCCCCCGUUAGCUCCAGUUGCGUCUUCUGAGGACCUUUCUUCAAGCGACGAAAUAUCACCUUCCCCGCUUCACAUUGAAAAGGAGCAACAAGAAGAGUAUGCUUUAGAUUUUGAUGUUCCUCCAACUUUUGGGAAGCUAAACAAUCCAUCAUCAUCUCGUGUGCGAAGUCGACACACAAGACCGCCGACUCGUCGAUUUCGGUUGUCGCGAGUUUCCAACUGA